AUGGCCCACCCCAUCCAUCUCCCGCUGCCCCACUCCUCCUCCCUCGUAGCAGUACCCCAUCCUGUGUACCGCCAGCCCCAUCUCAUCCACACAUACUCACACAACCCAGACAGGUCCAUCGUCCAUGAUGAUUCGGCUAUGGCUUGGUUUGAUCCCGCUCCCAUUGGCUCAGAUUUGAACUAUGGCUUUGAGAGGCUGGUGGAGAGAGGGGAUGAUGAUGAGCAUUUGGAUGGGCUGGUGGAGAGUCUGGAGGAGAUGGGGAGGAAUGGCGAGGAGGGCGAGAGGAAGGGUGGGAUCAUUACCUGGCGGGGAAUGUUGACCAGGCUGCUGACCUCUCCAUACGAAACCCGAGACGGAUGGGAGAUGACAGCGUUCGCCCUCGACGGAUCGGUCUACCUGGAACUCUAUGAUCCUCCAGAGGCACGAGCAGCAAAGAAGAAGGGCGAAGCCUCAUGGGCUCGACAGGCAUACAUGGGCUAUUCUUACGAAUCUUGGUCCACCGCCAAGAGCUAUAGUCAUGAUGAGAGUGUGUCAGACCAUUGGGGUGGUGAUGUCAACACGAACGUUCAAUGGGCAAAUGUUGUGAGAUCAGCCAUCGGCGAUAUCCCGUUCUGCAUUGCCGGCGAAGUCGAUUGUGUCAACGGAGCCCCAUCUGAAAACAACCCCGGUCUGGAAGAGACUGUCGAGCUCAAGACCAACAAAGUCAUCGCCAAUGAGUGGCAGGAAAAGACGUUUGUAAAGAAGUUGCUGAAGCAUUGGGCACAAAGUUGGCUGCUCGGUACGCCUCGCCUCAUGAUUGGUUUCAGAGACGACGCGGGCAUUCUCCGUUCCCAACAGCUGUUUGACACAUAUAUGCUUCCUCGCAUCGCCGCAACCCACUCCUCUACACCCGCAUGGCACCCCUCCCCAUGCUUCCACGCCCUUCACUCCAUCGCCUCGCUCCUCACCACCCACAUCCUCCCCACCGACCCGCUCCUCACGCAUCCCGACUUGAGAGGGAACAAAGAGAGGGUAGAUCGCGAAGGGCUGCCAUCAGCAGUUGUUUGGCGACUGCGGUUUGACCCGAGACGGGGAUUCGAGCUGUUCCAGACUGGACAAGUUGGGCUCGUGGAUGGGAGAUGGGGAGGUGUUUUGAAAGAGGAUUAUGUGCGGUGGAGGAUGGGAGUGUGA